AAAAUUAAUUUAUUUAGAAUAUAAAUAUCAAAAUUUUCAAGUUAAAAUUUAUUUUAUAAGAAUAAAAAAAAAAAAAUAAUUAAAAUGCAAUCUCCUUGUCUUAUGGAAUAUUCCAGUGGAAAUGGAACUGGUGUUGCUGAAGCUAUUGGAAAUUGGGGAUUUUCAAAUUGUAAUGCUUCAUCAAAUAGUGGUGGAAUGGAAAAAUUAAAAUAUCUUUUUACAGAAAUGCAUAAAUUAAAAAGUUCCAAGCCAGAAAGAAGAUUUAUUUAUAAUAGAGCAAAUGAUUGUAAUGCUUGGCCAGUUGGUCCAAGUCCUCAUGAAUGUAAACCCGUUUGGACAUUUCCAGAAAAAAGACCACUCAUUACAUUUAGCCAAACAGCUGAGACAGUUAUUGUAUCAAGUUUAAAUCAAGUUAGAAAAGACAUGGCAAAUCCUAUUCCUGGACGAAUAUAUGUUUACGAUAAAGUAUUUAACAACAAGUGGUACAAAGUGGAUCCAAAAAAAUGUUGUCCAAGAAGAAAUUGCUGUGGAACAUGUUGAAAAAUAAAUAUUUAUUCUUAAAAUUCAUCUAAAAAUUAAAUAAAUUUAUUUAAAAAUAUUUUUU